AUGAAAUUUGAAAUAGAAAUUUAAAAAGUAAAUAAGUAGAAUUAUUUUAUAGAAAUAUCCAAAAAUUUAGGAAAUCAAAACCUUUACAGAAAAUUUAGGAUAAAAAAAAGUAAUCGAUUAAGAUGUAUAUUUAAAUGCUCUAAACAUGAAUAUUAAAAGAUAAUCGUUGAUCUAAAUUUAAGAAGUUUCUAAAUUAUUGACAGAAAGUAAAGUAUAGAAUGGUUCUAAUAAAACACAUCGAAUCAGAAAGUUAAAUGUAUGUUAUUCUUGAAGUAAUAUAGAAUUUACCUGUUCAGAAUUAGGAAUUACAGUCUAGAGAUGAAGAAGAAAAAAAUGAUUAAAACAAUAAUUAAAAUUAAUAAAUAAAUAAUUAGUCUAUGCAAGCACUAGGAUUACAAAUACCAUAAAAAGCAGAAGAACUCUAAAAAUUAAAAACUAAUAUUGCUGAAUUACAAAAACAAAAAUCAUAAAUUUUAAAAUUUCUCAGAGUGGCUGAUUCAAAAUUAGAAUAAAAUCCAUUACUUUUUAAAAAAUAUCUAUAUAGAAAUAAUAGUUUUGACGCUAGAAUUCAAUAAUAGAUAAACUAAGAAAAUAAUCAAAAACCUUUAGCAAUAGAAUAAAAUUUAAUUGUUAAGAUUAAUCGAAUAAAUUAAAUCCAUUAAGAAGUUCACAGGUUAAGUGCACUAAAUAAAACUCUUUUAGAAGACAAUCAUAUUUUAAAAAAUCAAAUUGAUAGAAAUGAAUAACAAAUACUUAAUUUUGAGAAACAUGUCAUAGAAAAUGAAAAUAGAAUUUAAAAAUAAUAAAAUGAUUUAUAAAAUCUAUAAAUUGUUUAGUAAAAGGAAAUUAAUGAGAAGUUAAAUUAAGAAUUAUUGAAUAAAGAUAAAAAUAAAGAAAUAGAGUAAUUAAGAUUUUAGAUUAAUUAAGAAAUAGAAUAGAAAAAUAAUAAUUAAUAGAUAUAUAAUUAAGAAAUCGAAUAACUUAAUGCCAUUUUAAAUGAAAAAAAAUAAGAUAAUGAUUAACUUAAUAAUAACUUAAGACAUUUAAAUUCAUAAAUAUAGGAAUUAAAAUAAUAGAAUGAGGAUUAUAAUAACAAAAAUCUAGAAUAUAAUCAGAUUAUUAACAAUCUUAAAUUAGAAAUAAAUAACAUUUAGGCUAAUUUAGAUAUAAAAGAUUAAAAUAUAUACUAAUUAACUUAAAAUAUUGAUAAAUUAAAUUUUGAGAUAUAAUAAUUAAAUAAGGAUAAAGAAUCAUUAAUUUAAGAUAAAGAGUAAUUAAAUGAAGAGAUAUAAUCAUUAAAUCAAAAGAUNUAGUUAUUUAUUAAUACAUUAUAGAAUUAUAAUAUUUAAUUGUUAAAUGAUAUUUAUAUUCGAAAUGAUAUAAUAGAUAGAUAAAACUUAAAGAUUUAAGAAUUAAAUUAACAAAUUGAUAGCUUAAGAAUAUAUUAGAAUUAUUAUACAAUAUAAUAAGAUUUACCAGGGAUAGAAAUAAGAUUUAAUUAAUUAUAGAAUAACAUUAAUGAAUUGAUAAACAUAAAAAGAUAAACUUAAGCAGAUCUGGAUAUUGUCAAAAUAUAAUAUUAAUUAAUAAAGUAAUAAACCCAAAACAAUCAAUAAAUAACAAGAUAUCGAAGUAGUAGUUUUAAUAUUAGUCAAAAGAGUGAAAUAUAAGUUAGAAGAGAUUUAAGAUCGAAAUCGAUUUCAAAAGAUAAUAUUUUCAUUGAAAGAAAUUGGCAAUUAAUUAAAUCACUUGAAAAUAAAAAUAAUUAACUCAUUCAAAAAAGAUAACAAUAAUGUAAUGAAAUAAUAACAUUAAAAAAUCAAAUUAAUGAUAUUUCUUAAGAGAAAUAAGUACAAGAGAACUUAGUUUAAUAAUUAAAAUAGAAUGCUAAAAAUAAUGCAGAUAGAAUUAAAUAAUUAUAAAAUGAUUUAUAAGUGAUAAAUCUUUAAAAUGCUAAUUUGAAAUAAUUAAUACAAAACCAUGGAUCUGAUUUGACAGAAAAAAAAUUACAAAUUGUUUAGUAAAAGGAAAUUAUUGAAAAGCUUAAUUAAGAAUUAUUGAAUAAAGAUAAAAAUAAAGAAAUAGAGUAAUUAAGAUUUUAGAUUAAUUAAGAAAUAGAAUAGAAAAAUAAUAAUUAAUAGAUAUAUAAUUAAGAAAUCGAAUAACUUAAUGCCAUUUUAAAUGAAAAAAAAUAAGAUAAUGAUUAACUUAAUAAUAACUUAAGACAUUUAAAUUCAUAAAUAUAGGAAUUAAAAUAAUAGAAUGAGGAUUAUAAUAACAAAAAUCUAGAAUAUAAUCAGAUUAUUAACAAUCUUAAAUUAGAAAUAAAUAACAUUUAGGCUAAUUUAGAUAUAAAAGAUUAAAAUAUAUACUAAUUAACUUAAAAUAUUGAUAAAUUAAAUUUUGAGAUAUAAUAAUUAAAUAAGGAUAAAGAAUCAUUAAUUUAAGAUAAAGAGUAAUUAAAUGAAGAGAUAUAAUCAUUAAAUCAAAAGAUAAAUUAAUUAAAUUAGGAUAAAGAAUAAUUAAAUAAGGAUAAAGAAUUAUUCAAUUAAGAGAUAUAAUAAUUAAAUUAACAUAAAGAAUAAUUAAAUCAAAAUAUAUAAUAAUUUAUUUAGGAAAGAUAAUUAAUAAAUUAAGAAAUUAUCCAAAAAGAUGAGAACAUAUAAAGUUUGAAACUCGAUUUAGAGAUCUUACAAUAUAGUAAUAAAAUUAUAUCCAUAAAUGUUGCCAAUUAAAAUAAAAGUAAAAUAUUCCAAGUUUAACUAAAGGAUAGUAUCAAUGACAUUUAUAUGUUGGCAGCUUAAUAAGGAUUUUAGUAUCACAUUAUUUUAUAUUUUAGAAUAUAAUUAAAUAGAAAUACUACUUUAUUUGUGCUAUCUAAAAAUAAGAGAAUUUCUUAAUCUGAUUGGAAUUAAAAAAUAUAUCAAAUAUUUGUGCCAGAUGAUUACAAUCAUACAAUAACAAUAGAAUUUAGUAAUUGA